AUGAGAAGACUCUGCUGCUACCGUUUCGGCCUUUGUGAUUCCGGCGGCAAGCUGCUUCAGAGCACCAGAAGGAGCGUAAAUUCCCCGACUCCGGUGACGAGGAUUAAAAGGCAACCAUCAAACUGCUGCGGUCGUGUGGCCUUUCGCCUCCGCCUCUGUUCGGAGGGAUCCGAUCUGUUGAUGGGUCGGAGGGAGAAACGAUGUCGUAUCUUCCACCUUACAGGAACUUACAGGAGAGUUCCUUACAGAGGAAUCCGAUCAAUCAUAUCCAAGAAGAAUUCACGAUUUCUUUUUGCUACAAUUAAAGAGCCAAACCCUGAAAGUCCUAUACUAAGACGUUAUUAA